CAGUACCCAGCCGCUACAACGACGUCACUUCUGUUUUCCAUUGUCCACGCUUGCUGCCGAAGGAAACCUGCCUCCGUUUAAUGUAGAAAUACGAACAAACAGUUCAAAUGGACCGUGGUUUAAAGCGCCGUCAGGUGAAACCGCUGGCUGCUUCUCUUCUCGAUGCCUUGGAUUAUAACAGCUCAGACGACAGUGACUUUGAAGUUGGAGAUGCCUCAGGAUCGGAUGGAACCGGCAACGGCAGUGAUGAGGAAGGUUCGAAACCAAGUGCUGCAGGUUCCGAAAGUGAAUCAGACAAUGUAGGGUCUAUAGAUAACGGUACGGAUGAAGAAGAGCCCAAAGAUCUGACCACUGAGGACAACCUGGCUGAAGAUGAAGAGAAGUCAAAACAGCAAAGCUCUUCAGAUGCCUCAGCGAAAGACACCCCCGCUGUCAGCCCACCCAAAAGCAGACGAAAGAGCAAGAAGGUUUUGGAGCUUGAGUCCAGCGCAGAGGGUGGUAGUGCCUCGACCUUGACGUCUGGGCCCGGAAGCGAUAAUACUGAUGAAACUGAGCCCAAAAAAUGGAACUUUCGCCGGAACCGUCCACAGCUUGACUUUACAACCAUGGAGGAGCUGAAUGAAAUGGAUGACUACGACAGCGAGGACGACAAUGACUGGAGACCCGCAGCGGGGAAGAAGAAAAGCAAGGCUGCCACCCAGAAAGGAGGCGGCACAGAGGAUGGUGACGGCGCCACCGCAGAUGAUAAUGACGGUGAUGACGACGACGAUGAUGACGACGACGACAAGGACGAUAAUGACGACGACGACGACGAUGACGACGAGGAUGCAGAUGAUGACGGCGAGGAUGAGGACGAUAAGGAAGAUGAUGACGAAAACAACAGUAGCAGUGAGAGUGACAAGGAGGCGAAGAAACCCAAGAAAAAGGCUAAGAGUACCAAUGCGUUUGACGAAGAAUUAACAAAUGACAGCAUGUCCCAGGGAAAAGGAAAUGAGCAGGAUGCCUUGUUAGAUCGGUCCCAAACCUGGAGCGCUCAGCAAAUCCUCAUCUGCUCAGUUUGCCUGGGAGACAACAGCGAAGAUGCAGAUGAGAUCAUUCAAUGUGACAAUUGUGGUGUUACUGUGCACGAAGGGUGUUAUGGCGUUGAUGGGGAGAGUGACUCCAUAAUGAGCUCAGCAUCAGAGAACUCAACAGAACCUUGGUUUUGUGACGCCUGUAAGAAUGGAGUGAUGCCAAGCUGCGAGCUUUGCCCCAACCAGGAUGGUAUCUUCAAAGAGACAGAUGCCGGGAGAUGGGUGCAUGUGGUAUGCGCACUAUACGUUCCCGGGGUUGCGUUUGGAGACAUCGAUAAACUACGACCGGUGACUCUCACAGAGAUGAAUUAUUCAAAAUAUGGGGCCAAGGAAUGCAGUUUCUGCGAAGAUAACCGCUUUGCCAGGACUGGUGUGUGCAUCAGCUGUGAUGCAGGAAUGUGUCGGUCCUACUUCCAUGUCACGUGCGCACAGAAAGAGGGGCUCCUGUCAGAAGCUGCUGCAGAAGAGGAUAUUGCAGAUCCAUUUUUUGCCUACUGCAAGCAGCAUGCAGAUCGCUUUGAUAGGAAGUGGAAAAGAAAAAACUACUUGGCCUUGCAGUCUUACUGUAAGGUGUCUCUGCUUGAGAGAGAGAAACAGCUCACUCCUGAAGCUCAGGCCCGAAUCACAACCCGCCUGCAACAAUACCGCACAAAAGCAGAGUUGUCCAGGAACACCCGACCUCAAGCGUGGGUGCCAAGGGAGAAGCUGCCGCGACCUCUGACCUCUAGUGCCUCAGCCAUCAGGAAGUUAAUGAGAAAGGCAGAGCUAAUGGGGAUCAGCACAGACAUUUUCCCGGUGGACACAUCUGACACCAAUGCGAGCAUGGAUGGUCGGCGGAAACACAAGCAGCCCGCGCUCACCGCGGACUUUGUCAAUUACUACUUAGAGCGUAAUAUGCGAAUGAUCCAGAUCCAGGACAACAUCUCUGAACAGAAGAGCUUAAAAGACAAGCUGGAGAAUGAGCAAGACAAACUGCACGUGGAGUACAACAAGCUCUGCGAAUCUCUGGAGGAGCUGCUAAAUGUCAAUGGAGAUCUGCGAAGUGAAGGCCAUGCUAUGUGGACUCUACUUGGGGACAUCCUUGGCCAGAAACUAAACACUCCAGCUGUUCUAAAAGCCCCCAAAGAGAGGAAGUCGAGCAAAAAAGAGGGGGGAACUCAAGGGAAGCCAUCCAGCCUGCCAGCAAUUCUCUACAGCUGUGGCAUCUGUAAGAAGAACCAAGACCAACAUUUGCUCGUGCUGUGUGACACCUGCAAACUCUACUAUCAUUUGGGUUGUCUGGAACCACCACUGACACGCAUGCCCAAGAAGACCAAGAACAGCUACUGGCAAUGCUCAGAGUGUGACCAGGCGAGCAGCGAUGAAGCUGACAUUGCUAUGGAGACACUACCUGACGGUACCAAGAGGUCCAGGAGGCAGAUCAAAGGACCGAUCAAGUUCAUCCCGCAAGAGAUGUCGCCAGAGCCCAAAAAACCUCAAGUUAGAGGCACGAGAACCAGAGGGCAGAAGAGAAAGAAUAUCCCUUUCUGUGACGACAGAGAAGACAAGAUUGAGGAUUCACUCCCCAGGGAGCGCAGACAGCGGCAGUCUGCCGUGCUCAAAAAAAACAAAGCAGACGACACGAGGACCGAGUGUACAACCUGUAAAGGACCGGGUGACAAUGAAAAUCUUGUGAGGUGUGAUGAGUGUCAGCUCUGCUACCAUUUUGGGUGUCUGGACCCUCCACUGAAGAAAUCCCCCAAGCAGGCGGGAUACGGUUGGAUCUGCCAAGAAUGUGACAUAUCGUCUUCUCAGGAGGAAGAAGGGGAGCGGCUGGAGGACGAGUGCUCCGUGAAAGAGGAGAUAUGCGAGCAAGAAAUUCCCAUCUGAAGAUAAACCCAAAUGGACACGACACCACUGAAUGAAUUUCCAUGUUCAUCAUUUGUUUGCUAGUUACCAAGCACAGCAUCUUUUAACUACCCCACCAAAGUUUGUAGACCCGAACAGUAUCACUCAACAGUAUUAGCAUUACCCCAGAAGAGUUUCUGAAUUUUCUAAAUAGCUUUAUAUAAGAGGACAUGAAGGCUUCUUCAUCUUAGGCUACUCUAAGGAUUGAAGUGCCAGAAGUCUCAUGAACAAGCUUCUGUGUCUGUAAUGCAAUCUAUUUUCAUAUGCUAAAGAUGUUCCUUUGUCACAACUACACCGGCGACAGUAUACAGUAUCUGCCUUAUUGAUAAAUUGUUCCAGAGCGAUGUGUCACUUUUCCCCAU